AUGAAACCACGAAUUUUUCAGCCAUCCUUUCUCUUUGCCACUGGACCGGCUGCAUCCGCAUUUCUGCUGGGGAACAUCUCGGAAGUGUCUCUGCAUCUGAGGACAGUUUACUCAUCCAACUCAACAGGGAGUAUUGGCUCUCCAUCAUGUUUAACAGAGCCAACACAGUGGAUCCUUUCAAAGGAGCAAAUGGGAAAGACUGCAGCGCAAAUUCACCUGAGACUGAAUCGAAGUCUUCAUGUGUGUGCCGAGAAUGACACAAACACAGACUGUUGUCCAAAGCUGCUGUGUGUCCUGGAGGCUCUUCAGUUGUCUGCCUGUGUUGGAAACACACCCCGGGCAUCUCUGCUGAUCCAGGCCACCAUACAUGCCCAGCUGUAUCCGUCUAGUGUUGAGUCUGAUAACAAAACAGUAAUUCCAAACCAAGUGUUCCAACCUUUAGGCUCUUGUCCCUGUGACCUAACACGAAGAGUAUGUGAUGUUCGCUGCUGCUGUGACAAGGAUUGCAGCAGUGAAGAUUUGAAGCUGUUUGUGUCCUACUGUCUGCCAGGGCCCUUUGGUGGACACGUCUCUCCUGCUCCAGAUUAUCAGUGCUCUGUGCAGGCCUCUAAAAACUCCCCAGAUUGGUUUCCAUUUUUAUGUGUCAAUUCUCCACCUGAAAACAACCCGUACCUUGGUCUCUUUUACCAGGGCAACACAAUUGCAUCUCGGCCUCGUCCAUCCUUCCAAAGGCCAGUAUUGUCAGCUCCAGAGCCGGUCCCUCUUUACAUUCAAGGAAGCCCAAUUGUCUCAUUAAAUGACCAGUACUUCACUAUACCUCAGAAGCUCUUCGGGCGGUGUGGAAACAAUGCUCCUGUAGCCUUUUUGAAAAAUUUGAAAGGGGAGUGUGUUACUGAACUCCAGUCUUGUCCAACUGGACCUCCGUUACAGACACAACUAACAGAUUUGAACAUUCAAGUGAUGAAUGGGAUAGGGGGAGAUGUCAUGGUGGAUGUAGCUGAUGAACUGGCGCCUGAUAUCAGUCUGUUUAUUUCCAAAAGCAGUGCAGUUGCCUCUGCAGAUGAGGGACUGCUGUGUGAAAACGUGACUUUAGCACUGGAUUACAAAUUCUACUGGAGAGGAAAUGGCAUCAUGGGUAUUACAGUGACACGCACUGUUGGGACCAUCAAAUCCAAUGAAAGCGUGGUGUUAACGACUAGAUAUUCUGCUGUGUUUCUUAACGGAGAAUUCAUGGCUGAACCCAACUCUGGGAACCCAGGUUACCAAGUGAGGAGGCCCAUCAUUGCUGGAAUUGUGGACAACGAUACAGAGUCGGUGCAGAAGACAUCAAUCAAUAAUUGGAAACCAGUACAUGAUGGUCUCUGUUCCACUGCCGAGGAAAAAACUGUUCUAUAUGGGGAAAAUUCAACAUCAGGAUGCCUGUUACCCAUCAGGAGACAUAAUCUGACCCAGUGUAAUCGCCUGAGAGAUGUGGUUAGUGAUCUGCAGGCAGCUUUGUUUACAGCAACGCACGUGGCAAAACAUGGAAAACCAAAUUUCUCAACUACGACAGACUGGCUGAACAUAAGCUAUGUGACACUGAACUCAAGCACACCCACAGAGGACACCAGAAGUGCAUGCAGUGAUAUUCCAGCCCACCAGCAUAUCCAGGUUUGGAGCGUUGUCUCUGGCCUUGUAGAAGGCAUACCUCAAAGGGAAAUCUCUGCUUUCCAAGUCAGUUAUAGCCUCGCCACUUGGACAUUGGACUGUGGAGAUGUUUCUUAUUGUGAAGAGACUCUGUUCCCCAUCACCUCCUCAGUCACAUUCAUUGACAUUCCGAUCAACUCGGGACCACCAAAAACCAGGUUUCAGAUCAAUUUCACAGAAUAUGACUGUAACAGGAAUGACGUGUGUUGGCCUGAACUUGCUUUUCCCUUCACCAGAUAUUACACAGGUGAACCGUAUUCUCAGUCCCUGGCUAAGGGCAUGAUCUUGGUUUUUUUCGUCAUCACUGCAUCAUUACUGGGAACUCCAUGGAGACAAAUCAGACAAGCAUGGCACAGUGCAGCUCUCUAAGACUCAGAAAAAAUGCUGAGAAAAUGUAUGGCACAUAAGAUUAAGUGUGUGUGUGUGUGUGUGUGUGUGUGUGUGUGUGUGUGUGUGUGUGUGUGUGUGUGGUUUAGCACGUGAAUCAGCUGUUUACCUUUUUGAUUCUUGUGCAUUCUGUUGUCAUGUAAUAUCGUUUCUAAUAAAGUGCCACAGGGGUUUUGAGGUUCAGAUUUUCAGAUAUUUCCACGAAUGGUUUUCCUCUACAAAAUAAUGUUUCAGUACUAUUUACA